GAUAUGCAAUGGCAGGAACAGUCUAAAGUUUGCAGACUCUUUUCGGACAGCCAGUGAUUCACAAAAGGAAUAUACAAUGCCGCCAAGGAAGACUAGAGCCACCAAAACCGCCAAGGCGGAGACCGCAAAGCCUAAAGCCACCCAAAAGGUGAAGAAGGUGAAGAAGAUUUUGGAAAAGGAAAAGGAGGAAAAGGCUACUGAAGAGGUCGAGCCAGAGAGCCUAGCCAGUACUUCAGACAAGAUUGUGCAGCCUCUAGAUGUGAAAGACAGCACCAUUGAGAAAGCCGUGAAUGCUUUGUCGCAGUGGAAGAAGCAGCAGGGAGAGAAGUCGUCGAAAAGAGAUCUUUUUGAGACCGAGGAUGAAGACAUCCCUGUAUACCUACAGAUUACAGCAAAGAAAUACUUGGCGACGUCCAAGGUGAUCAAGCCACGUAUGCUCCAGGUUCCUCAUCCUGUUCACGACCUCGAAGACACUCGUGUCUGUCUUUUUGUCAAGGACGACCUUUUCGACGAAGACGCAUUGGCUAGAAUCGAGGUGUUGAAGGAGGACCAGUUGAAGAACCUUGCACAGAUAAUCACGGUGAAGGACUUGAAGACCAAGUAUCACGCCUACGAAGCUAGACGUAAGCUCUUGUCCGAAUACGAUAUGUUCUUGACCGAUUCGUCCAUCGCAAACAUGAUACCUAAGUUGCUGGGUAAAACUUUCUUUGGCUCUUCAAAAUUCCCAUUGACCAUCUCCGUCACUGAUAACAAAAAGGUGUCUGUGGACAGGCUAGUGGGCAAUUUCAACAAGGCAUUGAAUUCCGUAGGAUAUAUGCUCCCAAUGGGUGUCAACAUGGGAAUGAGACUAGGAAUGCUUGGCCAGGACAUCGAUAACCUUAAGGACAACAUCCACGCGAUCACCAAGUUCCUCGAGAAGUAUCCAAUACGAUUGAUUCAGUUGAAGCUAAAAGACUCUCCCUCCCUUCCACUCUACAUCACGGACAAAAUCUACUCCGACGAAGACAUUCUCAAACCAGAGAACUCUCAAACUGCAAAGAAGCAGGAUGCAGACGACAUACCUUUGUCCAUAUACAGCGAGGGUUUGAAGGAGUUAGGUUUCGAAGAGGAGGAGGCAAACCAAUUGCUUGGUAAGAAGAAGAGAACUGCCGACUCUGCUGCACCAGAAGAGUCGAACGGCAAGAAGAGCAAGAAGAGCAAGAUCAGCAAGAAGUAAGUGUAGCCACCUCUCUCCUCACUUCCUUCAUUUCCUUCACUCAUUCUUGACUCCUUUUUCUAUAGAGACACACCCCACCUACCCGUAUAUUUUUUUUCACCAUGUAGAAUAUAACGCCAAUAUCGAAAUAGAGAGCUUUCUGCAGCAACGCACAACACACUGCUCGUACCGCUUUCUGGGCUCUGCAGCAGUCACUACUAUCUGCAGCAAGAUGCCGUACUGUAAUCAUAAAUGAACAAAGAA